ACUGUCAGCACACAGGGGAGCACAGGAGGCAUUGAUGGUGAAGUCCAGAUUAGGAAUAUCGCGGUGACUCAGAUAUUUGGUGGGGAACACGAAGCUGUGAGCUAGCCUCCGACCUAGGUUUACACUCACGAAAGACCACCGCACCUCUCACAGCCCAGGGAGCUGGGCUCUAAACCAUUGCCAAUUACGCAACUCACGGGACCCCCCCCACCAACUCAUCGAAACCGCGGAAUAUUCCUGCCUAACUGGAGGAGCUCGCAAGCACAGAAAGGCUACAUCACUCUGCAAGAGGAAGGACAUGCUGCCUCUGUCCUCUUCUUAAAAAGAGGGGAAGGAUUGGGCUAUUGAGCUGAGGUAGUGUUUCGGAAUUGAACAACAUGGCCAAGAGAGGCACCUACGAUCUGGGAAAGGCGAAAGAGGACCCUUACUCUCCCAGAGCCUUUAAAAGAUUCUUCACAGAUGAUGAGGCAGAUGAUCUGAAUCGAACUUUGGAAGUGGAGAGUUUUGAGGACAUUGACUUUGACCCAGAUCCUGCAAAGGCUAGCUGGAAUGAUGAUGAUAAUGAUUUGGACUACCUUCGUAAAUCACCCUCCUGCAGUCCCCAAACACUCCCCACUGGUCUGGCUCCAGAUAGUCAGGAAACGAAGACAUCAUUUGGGGCUGAGCUUUCUGCUGGAGAUGUGUUGGUAUCUGAAGGAGGAAGCCCAAAGCCUCAUUCUAGGUUCAAGACAAAUACAGUUGGAAAGGGCAGCGUUUCCUCAGAUGAUUUGGAUCCUGAAGAGCAGAAGCUGAUGUUGGAAAAGCCAACACAGGUCAGGUACCAGGCAGACGAAGAUAAAGCAUCUGAAGUUGAGAGCUUGGACAAAAUGAAAAAGCCAGUGGGUCAAACUGACACAGGUCAGAGCAGCAAAGGGCAAGGAGAAACCACGAUCCUCUCCCACUGGAAACCCAACAUUGCCAACAAGGUAUUUGUUCAGAUGAAUGAGUUGAUGAUGGACGGAAACCUACAAAAUUACUGGCAAGAGUCUGGACGGUGGAUAAAGUACGAGGAGAAUCUGGACAAAGAUACAAACCGCUGGAGCAAAGCCCAUGUUCCUUUUCUCACAUUCAGGAGUCUCCUGGAACUCCGAAGGACAAUUACCAAAGGUGCCAUCAUGCUUGACCUGAAGGAGACCACAUUACCUGGCAUCGCUGUCCAGGUGGUGGAGAUGAUGAUCGCUGUGGAUCAGAUCAAAGCAAAACAAAGAUCCUGUGUGCUGAAAGCCUUGUUCCUGGAACACAGACCAAACACAGUUGGUAUAGAAGUAUCAAAGCUCUCAUUGGGUACUAAAGAUACUGAAAUACAGAUGUCCAUCUUUGAAAAGGGAGGCACGGAGAAGAAAUAUUACUCCGAAAUAAUGGAGAAAAUCCCUGAAAACACAGAAGCCACUGCUGUUCUCGUGGGUUGUGAGAAUUCUCUAACUAAACCAACCAUGGCCUUUGUGCGAUUGGACCAAGCUGUUGACCUCAAGACAGUUCUAGAAGUUUCCAUCCCCGUUCGGUUCCUUUUUGUGCUCCUGGGACCCAAGUCUGUGAAAAUGGACUAUCACGAAAUUGGACGUUCAAUCUCUACUUUAAUGUCGGACAAGGAAUUCAACAGAGUGGCCUAUGAGAGUCAAAGCCGCGAUGACUUGCUUAAUGGAAUCAACGGGUUCCUGGACUGCAGCAUUGUCAUUCCUCCCUUGGAAAUCCAAGGCAAGGAGCUACUGAGAUCGAUCAUUCCUUUUCAGCAUGAGAUGCUGAAGAAGAGAUUGGGGCAGCGCGAGGACCAAUUGGCUAGAGAAGGCAAACUCCAGGAGUCAGGCGAAAAUAAAGCAAAGCUGCCAGAAGAUGAUGACCCUCUGCGGAGGACAAGGAAGCCGUUUGGGGGCCUCGUUCGGGAUAUAAAGCGUCGCUACCCCAAAUACCUGAGCGAUAUCACUGAUGCCCUAAAUGCACAGUGCCUGGCAGCUGUCAUCUUCAUUUACUUUGCUGCCUUGUCUCCGGCCAUCACAUUUGGAGGCCUCCUCAGUGAGAAGACGGAAGGUCUGAUGGGUGUCUCUGAGCUGAUUAUUUCCACCGCAAUCCAGUGCAUUAUAUUCUGCCUGAUCGGUGCUCAGCCCCUGCUGGUGCUGGGUUUCUCCGGUCCCCUGUUAGUGUUUGAGGAAGCGUACUACAAAUUCUGCCAGAGCUUCAAGUUGAAUUACCUGGUUGGCCGGGUUUGGAUUGGCUACUGGAUGAUUAUCAUUGUGAUACUUCUUGUGGCCUUUGAGGGCAGCUUUUUGGUCCGCUAUAUUUCCCGAUUCACCCAGGAAAUCUUCUCCUUCUUGAUCUCCUUGAUUUUCAUCUUCGAAACCUUCGCCAAACUGGUAAAGAUUUUUAAAGCACACCCGCUGAAUGAGAGUUACAACUUGACAGUUGUCAAUGGCACCAUAGAUUGGUCAGCGCCACAGCCGAACACCGCCCUCCUCUCCUUACUGCUGAUGGCUGGUACCUUCUUUAUGGCCAUUUUCUUGAGGAUGUUGAAAGUUAGUCGAUUCCUUCCAGGAACUAUCCGGCGUGUAAUUGGGGAUUUUGGUGUUCCCAUUUCCAUCCUCAUCAUGGUGCUGGUCGAUAUCUCCAUCACAGAUACCUACACACAGAAACUCAGUGUGCCAAAUGGCCUUGCACUCACCGAACCUAGUAAGAGAGAGUGGUUUAUCUUUCCAAUUCAUGAGAAGUUCCCCUACUGGAUGAUGCCUGCCUCCGUUGUUCCAGCCAUCCUGAUUUUCAUCCUCAUUUUCAUGGAGUCUCAAAUCACAACGCUCAUUGUCAGUAAACCAGAGAGGAAGAUGGUGAAAGGUUCUGGGUUCCACGUGGACCUGUUGCUGAUUGUGUGCAUGGGUGGAAUCAGUGCCAUGUUCGGAUUGCCUUGGCUCAGCGCCACCACUGUUAGAUCCAUCACCCACUGCAAUGCCUUGACCGUGAUGAGCAAGUCCGUAGCACCGGGGGAGAAGCCUCAGAUUCAAGAGGUGAAGGAACAGAGAGUAACUGGAAUAUUGGUUGCCAUUCUUGUAGGCCUCUCUAUUGUGAUCGGACCAAUUCUGAGUAAAAUUCCACUUGCUGUACUCUUUGGAAUCUUCCUGUACAUGGGAGUGACAUCUCUGAACGGAAUCCAGCUGUUUGAUCGCAUACUCCUUUUGUUAGUUCCGCCCAAGUACCACCCUGACUGUGCCUAUAUUCGCAAGGUCAAGACUUGGCGUAUGCAUGUCUUCACUUUUAUUCAAAUUAUCUUCCUCGCGAUCCUGUGGGCAGUGAACUUGACCAAAGCUUCCUUGGCCUUCCCCUUCGUGCUCAUCAUGACCGUACCCAUCAGAUACUUUGUGCUCAACAAGAUCUUCACUCCUAUAGAACUUAACAGUCUGGAUAGCGAUGAAGUUGAACCCAACUUUGAUGAGAAGGAAGGACAGGAUAUUUAUGAUGAGACUAUAAUGCCCAACUAAGGACCUCAGGCCCAUGAAGAGCACAGCACCCCUGUUUGCAACUUAUUUCUCCUGUUUAAUAGUGGAACGGAAACCUGCACAAUAGUUAAAGGGGAGAUGAGUAGCUCCCUAAAUCGCUUUAUAUAAUCAUUCAAUCAUUGCUUUGCUGCUUAGCCUCUCUAGUCAAGCUUUAGAGGUGCACAAAUGUUAAAGGACAGCAGAGGCAGGGAGUUGUAAGUAGAAAAAUAUCCCAUUGUGUACUUGAUGACUCAAUUCAUAAAUUCGAUGGUUACCCUUAAUCCUAAUGUGGAGACCUCCUUUUCAGGAGAUGCAAUAUCAUGUAUUUUACCUAAAAUAUCUCAGGUGUCAAUAAUAAUGAUAAUAAUGCUUACAUUUGAUAAAGCGCCUUAUCACGACCCCCACACCCAUACCCCCCCACACACACACAUCCACCCACACACACACAACCACUGCGUGAUAAACAAAGCCCUACUGUUGUGUUGUUAGGCAUUUUCUUACUCAAAACAAAGCACAUCGGGUCACAGUCCACAGAUGUAAAUCCUGCUGAGUUUUCGAAUUGAACUUCAGAAGAUUGCAAAACUACUUUCUCUAUCUUGUUCAGGCCUCAGGUUUGUGGAUUCAUUGUUUUUUUUAACUGAACUCUGGCAUGAAGAUUUUACAAAUGGCCGUGGUGAAAUCACUUCAUUGCGUUGAUUGUUAGUUGACAGACUUGGCUUCAGAAUAGGACCAAGGGUCAUGUGAACCUUCGGGUAUGGAAUGGUCAAGUUAUGUUGACAAACCCUUUAAGAAUCUCUUGGGUUUACCUUUUUUUCUUCUCUCUCUCCCUCCUGGGUAGUAUAGGCAUAGACCAAUCUGGUGCUUUAGUCCUAAAGGAAUUUGGAUUGUAUAGUUUUAUUCAUUUCCAACACGUGCAAAUUGCUAUCCCGGCUUCAUAAACUUUCCCCUCAGCUCAAUAAGACAUUGAAUGUUUAACAGGUGGUUGCAAUAAAAAACAAAAGCUGUUUUUUAAAAAAAAUAUAUAUUUUAAUCAAAUGAAUUUUAUAGGCUAGUUGCUUUGAUUGAGAUCCAGUUAGCCUGUUAUAUUUUCUUACUUUGUAAUCCAAUUGUCAGUUAUUGAUUUUUAUCGAUUGAUCCUUUUCUACGGCAAGUUUUAUACCUUGAAACAUUUCUUUUACGUUAUUCAUUUUCUUUGACUAUUGCCAUUGCAUACGUGCACACUGAUAAACACUGCACGAUUUCAUUUGUGUAUCUCUCCAAUUCUCUGUGGGUUAGAGGCAUUUUCUAUGUGUCCGUAGACUUCAUACUGAUCGAGUCCUGUAAGACUUUGAUUUGCUUUGCAAAAUUUGCUAGCAACAAAAUUGCUCUUAGCUGAUUUUUUAAAGACAUCAGAAAGGACUUUCCUUUGAAGCCCUGGUCUUUGGAUAAACGGUGUGGGACAAUGCAACGUUUUAUAACAGAUUCAAUGUGAUAAUUAGCACAUCAAGUGUGUUAUCACAUGCCACAUAUUUUCAUGUUGAUAAAUUGUAACUCAUUUACUGAUUGUGAGCCGUUUGAAUAAAGUUUGCUUAAUCUGUAGAAGAUCGCUAAAUAUAAUUGUGGUGAAGCGUUAGGAAUGUGGCAAACUGACUACCUACCUAUCUGCUGAAAGGGAUUUGAUGUAUUUUUGUAAAAAUGUAGUCUUACACGCCCUGCAAACGCUGGUGCAUGCAUGAGGGAAGAGUCAGCUUAAAGGAACGGAGGCAGACAUUUAUAUUGGUAAAUUGGUCAUUUCCUGAUACUUUGUGAUUUUGUUUUAGAUUAGAUUGAAUCUUUUUAAUAAAAGCGUCUUCGAACAAU